GAAACAGACAAGUCCUAUGGAAUUUCAGUCUAAAUCACAGAAAGAAACAGUAGUCAUACUAAAUUAUUAAAACUGUCAAGUUAGAAAAUACUCGAACAAGAUGCCGCCAAAACCGGCCGCGAAAAAGAAGAAGGAGGACCCGAACAAGGUCAACCAGGUGGACAGGACCUUCUACGAGCUGACCAUCACAGAUCUGAACCAGAAGUUGGCCCGCCUUAGGUCCCAUCUGUCCACCGUAGACGAGUCCAACAUCCAGUUGAGUGAGAAGCUCAAGGAGGUGGAGAGCGAUGGCGUGGAUGUGGCCGCCCACCUGGAGAGGACUUUGGCCGAGCGAAACAAUUCGAUUACGGAGCUGGAGGAGCGCCUGGUGGAGAUCACCAAGGUGCGGGACGAGGAGAACCAAAUCGCCCAGGAGAAGAUCAGCGACCUGGAGGCCAAAUACAAGGCCAUGCAUGACCAGCUGACCUCCGAGAUAAAGCUUCUCAACGGCAAACUCAAUUCCCUGGAUGAAUUUCGCAUCCAGCGGGAUGUCCUCUUGGCCAAGUUCGACGACCAGGAAGCCGAUCUCAAGGAGAAGGAAAAGGAUCACAAGGAGGCCCUGUACAACAUGGAGCAGCGGGCAGUGGUGGAGAAGGACGCCCUUAAAAAGGAGGUGGAGCAGAAGCUGUUGCAGGUCUCUGAGGACUUCACGCGCUCCAGCGAAAUCCGGAAUGCCGGCUACACCCGUCGCCUUAUCCGCGAGAACAUCGCCCUGCAGAAGGAGAUCGAUCUGCUGGUCAUGUCGCAGAUAAAGCUGCAGCAGGCCUUCACCAACCAGAAGGACAAGCACAAGGAGAUGGAGGAGCAGUACAGCGCCCUGGAUCAGAUCAAGAAUGAGCUAGUCCGCAACUCGGUGAACAAGAUCAAAAUCAUUGAGGGCCUUACCCGUAACUACGAGAAACUCAAGGCCAAGUACGUGGAGGUGCUGCGCUUCCGCAAGGCCUACGAAGCCCACAUGCAGGAGGAGCGCUGCACGAAUGUCAAGCAGAAGGAUGUGGCCGCCAAGCUCCGGACUCUGGCCAAGCGAAUGGAGAUCACAGAGCUGGAGAAUCGCAAUCUGGUGGCCGUUCACGAGCAGCACGAGACCGAGAUCAUCCGGCUGCGUGGUAUGAUCCAAGAAAUCAAGUGUACGGUCAGGGAUGCCAUUGUGUCAGAGAAUGCAGUCAAGGUGUACCCGGAGCGACUGGAAGAGGCCAAUGUGGAUGGGCCCGAAGUGGUUAAGGAUGUUCGUGAGGAGGCCGUGGCUCUCAGCAAACUGAAACGCGGCGACCUGCUCGCCCAGCUGAUGAGCAUCGUCAGUUCCCAUUCAGAGGAGCUGCCGCGAACUCCGUCGAUUGGCUCCAUCGGGAGUGCCACCUCCUCCCUGUACGCACCCGGAAAAAUGGGCUUCAUGCCGCAGCGCCCCAAGCCCACGCCCUUUGAUGUAUUCCGCAGUGAGGUCAUCGACCAAGAGCCGGAACUGGGAAUACCAGAGCAUCUCAAAAAGCAGCGACUCCUGGACAGGGCCGCACCGACGCUGCGAGGCAUCGAAAAUAACAUCAUCGAUGUGGAGUUCGGUACCACGUUAUAUGUGUCGUCGUCCCGCGAGGAGGAUGCCAUCGAGAUUGAGGAGGAGCCGCUCGAGGAGCCGGAGGGCUCCAGCAGCAGUGUCUCUGUCAAGAAGGAAAGCUCCGAGGGCACUGCCCCUCCGCCAGGACCCGUCCAGUUGGCUGUAUCACCCUCCAUACAGGACGUCAAGAAGACGGCGCCCAGCUCUACGGCCGAUACCAUGGCCUCGUCCUCGAAGCUUUUCGGAGCAACCGAGGAGGAAGAGGGAGAGGAAGAGGAGGACUACGAGGUUCAGUUCUUCUACUAGAAGUGACUUUAGUUUUCGAAAUGUUAAUUAUUUAAUAAAAAUUAUUGCAAUGAUGUAAA